UGCGCGCUGCCGCCGCUCUCGCUGUUGCUGCACAAUAAUCCAACAUGGAGUAAUCAGAGAUGGGGCUCGUUGGGGCCACCCUCAGCAACAUCAACGCAUAUUUCAUCUAAGGGAUUUUCGGAAAUACACCGAAGCGCUCAAACUGUGGAAAAUUAUUCGGGGGAUCUCACUGAGCCUUUUAGUAUUCCAAGAUCCUCCAAGGUUUUCAUCAGCAACUGGUUAGAUCCAGUGAAGAAGAAGAGAAAAAAAAGAGAAAAGAAAAAAAGAAACGAAAAACCCAUCAAGACGGAGACGAGGAGAGGAGAGAGCAACAACAAGACACACUGUAGCCGAGCGAAACGUGAGGGAUUAUUUGGGAAAGAGUGGCGUGAAAAUGACGAGCGAACAGAGUGCACCCGUUGUGGGAUUUUUUUGUAGGUGAAACGAGAAAAAUGAUUGAAGAAACACACCCAAACGAUGACAGUUACAUUGUGCGCGUCAAAGCGGUGGUCAUGACCCGAGAUGACUCGAGUGGGGGAUGGCUGGCACAGGAAGGUGGGGGCCUCAGCAGGGUGGGCGUCUGUAAGGUGAUGCCUGCUGAGCUGACCGGCCGCAGCGACUUCCUCAUCCACGGCGAGCGCCUCAAAGACAAGCAGGUGAUUUUGGAGUGCUUCGUGAGGAAGGAUCUGAUCUACACCAAGGCCACGCCCACAUUUCACCACUGGAAGGUCGACAACAAAAAAUGUGGCCUGACGUUCCAGAGCCCCGCCGAUGCCCGUGCCUUUGACAGAGGUGUGCGGAAAGCCUUGGAGGACAUAACGGAGGGUUCCACAACUUCCUCUUCAACACUCCAAAAUGAGGCUGAACUUGGGGAUGAUGAUGUGUUCACAACUGCCACCGACAGCUCCUCAAACUCAUCUCAGAAGAAGGAGCUCGCUACACAGCUAGUGGCCACCUCCACCUUCUACGAGCCUCAUCCACAUCGCUGCAUUCUGCAGUACCGGCCACCCGAGCGCUACAGCCUGGAUCAGAAGUUCUCCAGGAACCCCUUCCCGUUUGAGGACGAGGAGAUCGUCCGAAUCAACCCCCGGGAGCGCUGGCUGAUCACGGGCUACGAGGACUACCGAUACGCUGCCGUGCCGGACAAGUUCAUCCAACCCGAGGACUCGGACUCGUACGUUCACAUCGCUAAGAACGAACCCUUAAAGCACGACUAUAACUACCCCUACGUGCCGAGUUCCGACUUCAGCCAGUGCGACCUCAAGAGCCACUGCGACAGCAGCGGCGGGGGCGUUGUGGCCACCCAGCCGCGGGCGUUCAAGCUCAAGGGCAAGCGGCGGAAAGAGGACGGAGAGCGAUCGCGCUGCGUCUACUGCCGGGACAUGUUCAACCACGAGGAGAACCGGCGCGGACAGUGCCACGACGCCCCCGACCCCAUCCGGACCUGCAUCCACCGGGUCAGCUUCAUGUGGUGCGCCGACAGCAUGCUUUACCACUGCAUGUCCGACCCGGAGGGCGACUACUCGGACCCGUGCUCGUGCGACACCAGCGAGGAACGUUUCUGCCUUCGCUGGACGGCCCUGUUGGGGCUGUCGGUGUUGGCGCCCUGUCUGUGCUGCUACCCACCGCUUCACGUGUGCCACCGCUGCGGCGUGGCCUGCGGUUGCUGCGGAGGAAAGCACAAGGCCGUCGGUUGAAAACCCCGCCCGCCCGUCCCGAACGAACCCUAAACACGCCCCUCGGAACGCUAGCACUGAGGAGGGCAGGAGCGGACCAAACCGACGGCGCCCGAAGUUGGCGCUUUACUUUACGGCCUCUCCUGGUUCCAGAAAACAAUUGGUGCAUUGACUGGCUUGAAGACGUUCUCUUUUGGUUUGUUUUUAUAAAUAUGAAAAUAUAUAUAUAUGUGUAUGUUUUUUUCUUUCCCUUUUGUUGUGGACGUUUCUCUCGGUUCCUCGUGAAAGAAAUGGCUCUUUUGUCAGGUGGCUCCUGGAGCCUUCAUGUCAUGCAUUACUUAUGCAGGUACUUUAUAUUUUUUACACUGAUUUGACUUUUCAAGAACUUGAAUCGCUUGUUGUUUUUACGGCGCGCCGUUUCGGUUUCGUGGCCAGCAAAGGGAGGAAUCCGCUGUUUACUCUUCCCGUGCAUAAACUGGCAUUUAUAUCCCAAGCCCUUUAACCGUCGUUCAGAACAAUAACAAUGAGAUUAGCUCGAGACACUAAACCUGUAGUCGGAAGCGUCCAUUCGUAGUGCGUCUGUGGGAGAGCGUGUGUUUCGGUGCCUGCGUGCGUGUUGUUGUAAAGGAAUGAUAACAUUGUAUCACAGCAUAGUAUUGUCGUUAUUAUAUUUAAGCCAAAUUUACAUAAGCUGCAUCCAGAGUAUAUGUAAAUACUGUAUACUCAUAUGUAUAUGUUUCAAAUCGAAUUAUUGUAAUCACCUUCGACAGCCACAGCUGCGCUUCAGACAUGGGACGUUCUCCUUAGAGUUGACUUAUUUUGGAGGCCAGGGUGGCUUUUGAUGCAUAUUUGAUAUCCAAAGAUUAUUUUUGUCAUAUUUAUUCUCGCGGUCAAUUGAAUCACCAGCCAAAGGGAGGGGAAAAAAAAAAAAAACAGAGAGAAA